GUAGGUUUACACUAUUAGGAAUAAACUUUUCUGUCGAUUUGCAAGAAAUGGAAUCUUUGAACUAUUAUCCUAAAAUAAAAGAAAUUGGAAAUAUAAUCAAUAUUUGGUCUAGACAAACACUUACUCCAGUGGGAAAGAUAACAAUUAUCAAGACACUAAUUAUUUCAAAAUUAAAUCAUCUAUUUCUAACAUUACCAACACCAUGCAAUACUACUCUUAAACAACUUAUUCAUACACUAUAUUCAUUUAUUUGGGAAAACAAGCCUGACAAGAUUAAAAGAAAAAUAUUAUGUCUGGAACAUAAAUUUGGGGGGCUGAAAAUGUUAGACAUUGAAGAAUAUAUAAAAGGGUUAAAAUUAACGUGGGUCCGACGGUUGCUAAAAAACAAUACAAAACUCAAAAAACUUAUAGAAAGUACAGAAAAUAUUAAUAUUGAAGAUCUAGUAUUUCUAGGCCCACCAAACAAAUGUAAAAACCCCUUUUGGAAAGAUGUUUUUAAAGCAUGGACAGAAAUGCAAUAUAAACUUAAACCAAAAAAUGAAGAAGAAUUUUUAACAAUGGUCUUUAAGAUUAAAAAAAAAUUUGAUUGGAAAAAGGUGCAUAAUAUGUCUUUCUACACCACAAAAAGCUCUAAACUUCAUUGGUUCCAGUACAGAAUAGUGCACAGAAUCAUAGGCACAAAUGAAUUUUUAUUUAAAAUUAAGGUAAAACAAUCAGAUAAAUGUACUUUCUGUAAUGAAGCUAUUGAAGAUAUUGAGCACAUAUUUUGGACAUGCCAUAAAAUUUCAGAUUUAUGGAUUGAACUUGGUGAUUGGAUUUAUAACCAAACACAAAUAUUGAUUCCAGUUAAUAUAGAUAUUAUUUUAUUUGGAAAUUUAGGUUACAAUGGAAAUGACAGGAUAAAAAACUUAAUAAUACUCCUGACAAAAUUCUAUAUUUACAGAACUAAACUCUGUGAAAAUAUUGUAAAUUUUACAGGACUUAAAAACUACCUCAAAGAAUCUCUGGUACUAGAAAAGAAUUUAUUUUUUAAAAGAAAACCUUUCCAUAAGGCCAAUAUCUGCUGGGACCCCUGGCUUCCGAUUUUAGAAGACUAG